GUUUCUAGCUUGUAGGUGAAAGUAAAACUAAAAUGUACCACUUGGUUGGAGUGUAGCAGCAUCGUCAGACCAACCAUGAGCAACAUGUCUCCAAUGUACGCGCUGUGCCUGGUAGCAGCGGUGUGCUGCGGUGAAGUCUGCUGCAGCAGCUGUCCUGUGUUGGAGUGCUGGUUUGUGCAGGAGAAGACGGGUCGAGGAGGAGGUCUCACUGCAGCUACAACCCUGGAGAAAUCCCUUCUGCACAUCCAAACCGACCCCCACCCUGCAGAGAGCCAGCAGGCUCCAUCCGACAUCCACCCCGACAGAGUCUACCUCAUCACCGACCCAGCCGGCACUCUCUGCCACCGCUCUCUCAAUCCUCCCAGAGGCUCAGUGGAGAAGCCUCAGUGUGAGAUCAACCCCUUCCUGCCGCAGCCCUCCACCCUCAAAUGGGCAUCUCCACUCACAGACUCCGCCUCCAGCCCCAUCUACCUGCAGGCCCAUUGGUUCUCCACUGCCAUUCAGGGCCUCAACGGACAGCUGGCCGUUUCCACCAUCACUCGUGCUCCCACGGCAACCAAAGAGCACAAAGUGAUCCUCAGUGUGACCACUACAACCGUCUCCGUGCAGUCCAGACUCGGGGGGCCGGUGCUGCUGGAUUGCGGCCUCUGGGCCGACCCGGCGUCGCCUCUCUCCGGGUCGGGUUUUGCCGUAGAGUGGCGCUACCAGUUCAGAGGGGAGGGGCGCUUGGUUCUGGCCUACGACGGCAAAACGGACCGCCUGGCUGACGUCCAGGAGGAGGGGGCCACGCUGGACUACGAGGCCUUGCACCAGAGAGGGAAUGCGUCCCUGAUCCUGCGGGAGGCUGAAGUGCGUCACUCGGGCUUGUAUAUUUGUACGGUGUAUCUGCCCCACCUCGUGGCUCAGGUGACCAUGGAGCUCCAGGUCGUAGAACCUCCAUCCCUCUCCAUCCACCCGUCCCCUCUGCCCCUCGCAGUCCCCGGCCAGUCUUUGACGGUCCAGUGUGAGGCGUCUGGCUUCGCCCCCCUCGGCCUGGAGCUGAGCUGGGAGUUCAAAGGCUCCGAUGGGAGGUCCAGGCCUCUGGGGUCGGGCAGCUUGACGGGCCACCGGCAGGCCUGGGACGGAACCUACAGCCAGAGCACUCGGCUGGAGCUCGACUCCACCCAGCUGGACCUGGGCCCAGGAGGGGAGCUCACCUGUGUGGCUGUCCAUCUCGGGGGCCCCCGACGGGCCAGCGUGGCCCUCAACAUCAUUGGGUUCAGCUCCCCCUCCAUCGAGGACUCCAUGGCGAUGGUGGGUGUGGCGCUGGUGCUCUACGGUCUCAUCAAGUUUGUCUCUUGGACCGUCACCAGCUCAGGCUCAGAUGAGGCUGGUCAACAAGAAAAGAAGGACAAGUGAAGAAGACUGAAGUCCACUGCUGGGAAGUGUCCAACAGAACCAACCGAGCCGCCUGUUUUUGGUUCUAAGGCAUCGGUGAGGAAGGGCCUAUGUUUUAAAGUAUAGUGUAUAUAUAUAUAUAUAUAUAUAUAUAUAUAUAUAUAGUGCAUCUUGUCACCCUUGAAAGGGGCAAACUUAGAGGAGUUUUGAAGUAUUUUUAUGGAAGAUGCUUCACUAUGAAUCUCCUUUAUAUUUAAGAAAUAAAACUAAAAUGACAUCUUUUGUAAAGAGUACAUGACAGAUAAAUAAAUAUAAAACCCACAAAAUCCUCUUUUUGUAAAUAUUGAAAAAGAAAUGUAUGUGUAUUGUGAUAUUUUUGUUUGUUGUUUGUGUAUUGAUCUCAUUAUGUGUAUGUAGGAAUGCUUCAACAGCCUGGAGUAUUGCACAAUCAAAUUUAUACAGUUUUGAGGAAACAUAUUUCUAUCACAAAGAAAUUUAGAAAUUCUAAAUUAGUGUUUAAAUUCAGAUUCUAAUUAGUCUGCAUCUGAAAUGAAAUAUUUCUACAUUUCUUUCUCAACCUUUUGCUGGUAGUUUCCUGUUUUAAAUGAUCAUCAAGCCUGCUGGUGUGAUAUAAUGUUGGAAAAUAAACUUUAAAUGAUUAUCAGUGGAUAUAAAUUGUAUAAUUGGCAAAUCUGUUCAUAUACAUAUUUUAAAAGACUUGGUUUUGGUUUUGAUGUUUUUGUUUUUGGACUUUUAGGUCUGCAGGGAUGAGACAUAUUUAUUACAGUUUUUCUCGAUUGUUUAGACACAUUUUCUUAAAGCAUGCCUCAUACUCUCAGAACUCUACACACAAAUCAAAAAACACACACACAAUGGGCAAAACGCAAAACCCC